AUGGCUACUACACGCCUUGCAAAUACACCUUUCAAGACAGAAUAUGCCGUGAAAAUGACGUGUGAUUCCUGUGUUGAAUCCGUCCGAAACGUUUUGACAAAAGUUCCAGGAAUUAAUCAUUUUGAAAUUGAUCUUCAGGAACAACGAGUAGUGAUUGAAGGAACAGCACCACCCUCAUUAGUGUCGAGGCGUUUAAAAGAAACUGGAAUGACUGUGAUCGUUCGUGGGCAAGGCGUAAUUAGAGGCAGUCACGGUGGAGCUGCUGUGUGCAUAUUUGAAAGCUUCACGUACACUCCACUAAACAAAGACGAUCCGGCACCGCAAGUAAAACCGCAGGGGCUUGCCCGUAUGGUACAAAUUGACGAUAACAAUUGUCUUAUCGAUGUCACAGUACAAGGAAUUUCGCCAGGAUAUCAUGGAAUUCAUAUUCAAGAAUUAGGUGAUAUCUCGGCUGGACCAUCGAGCACGGGAGGUCAUUAUAAUCCGGAAAAUGUAGAACACGGAGACUUGGAGAAGGGUCACGUCGGAGAUUUGGGUAACAUCUUUGUAGAUGAGAACGGGUGGGGAGAUUUGGUGGUUGAGAGUAGUCGCAUAAAGGUAUGGGAUGUUAUUGGAAGGUCGAUGGUCAUCACCCAUGGAAAAGAUGAUGCCGGUAAGGGAGAUAAUGAGCAAAGUAAGAUUGACGCUCACAUUUCAGCUAAUGCGACUCCCAAAUUUUCAAUCGUUGCUCUCAAAAAUUCUUCUAAACAACUUUUAAGUACCUCUGACUAUGCCCCACUUGACCUUUCCGACUGGAAAACCACUUUACAAACUCACGGGGCCCCCUCAGACCUCUCAACCUUUGUCGACUACCUGUCAAAAAGUCCAACGCCGGCAGUCAUUAUUGACAAUACAUCAAGUCAAGAAAUCGCUUCACAGUAUCCGCUAUUUCUAAAAAAGAGGCUACACGUUGUGACGCCUAAUAAAAAGGCGUUUAGCGGUGACUUUGACUAUUAUAAGAAAAUAUUUGAGGAGGCGGCGAGACAAAAAAGAUGGUUGUUACACGAGAGUACAGUUGGUGCGGGAUUGCCAGUCAUCAAUACGCUGAACGAUUUAAUUAGGACUGGCGAUAAAAUUGUCAAGAUUGAAGGAAUCUUUUCGGGAACCCUGAGUUAUAUUUUUAAUGAGUUUUCCUCGUUGAGUGACGGCGCGAAAAAAAAGUUUUCGGAAAUUGUUAGAGUUGCUCAGGAAAAUGGUUACACGGAACCCGAUCCACGUGAUGAUUUGAAUGGAUUGGACGUCGCCCGUAAGGUCGUGAUUCUUGGAAGAAUCGCCGGGCUUGAUUUGGAUCUUGAUUCCUUACCGGUUGAAAACAUAGUUCCUGAGUCGUUACGCGCCUUACCUUCAUCCACCGAAUUUAUGGAAAGAUUAUCGGAAUUUGAUCAUCACUUUGAAAAUUUGAAUCAAACCGCGAAAAGCAAUGACCAAGUUUUAAGAUACAUCGGGGUUAUCGACCCCGUCCAUAAUGAAAAAUCCGUUAAAUUAGUCAGUUUGCCGUCAUCUCACCCGUUCGCAUCACUCAAAGGAAGUGACAACAUCAUCUCGUUUACUACACAAAGAUUUCCUAAUCCCUUGAUUAUUCAAGGUGCCGGAGCGGGUGCCGCUGUCACGGCCUUUGGUAUAUUUUCGGAUCUCUUGAAAAUUUACGACAGUAGCGACUCCUGA